AGUUCCAAUGGUGUAAUACUGAACGAGCGAUGGAUUCUAACAUGUGGUCAUUGUUUAUAUUGUGGCGCAAACUGUCCGGUGACUGACAUUCGUGUAUAUCCGGGGCUAACGAACCAAAACAUUGCAAACCAUCCAUACUAUACGGGCGGUCAGUAUUUCAUUACUUCUGAAUUUGAACGCAAUGGUUGGCAGGCCUAUGACUUGGGGUUAAUCCGACUCAACACUGCUAUACCAUUGGACGGGACAUCCGGUUCGUCGGGUAUUAACGCCAUUUGUUUACCCGAAGAGUGGGCCAAAAAUGAGAACGAAGAAUACGCCCAAUUGGUUGGGUUUGGGGACGACAACGAAAACGGGACGGGAUCGGGAAUACUUCGGGCAGGUUUUACUAAAAUCGUGAAAGCCUAUAACAGCAGCUCUCGGGGAGAAAAUCAUGCCCUUUUUGCCCUACGGGUGCCAUUCCCGUCGGGUUCCGCCUCAUGUACUAGCAGCGAUGAGCUCAAAUACGUUUUCCCA